AUGGUGAAAGCUGUUAAAGGAACUAUAUUGAAAUGUGAUCCAGCCGUCAAACAAGUAAUCCUGAGCAUGAAUAACUCCGAACACAAGCCAUUCAUAAUUGAAGAUCUCGACGAAACCCAUCUUUUUGUCGAUACUACACACGUAGAAAGAAUCAAAAGGCGAGUGGAGCAACUGCUCGAGGAAAAUACUUAUAAAGUUGAACAACUACCAUCCUAA